AAGUUCUGCGCUCCUCCCAGCGGGAUGCGGGGAAAGUUUCCUUCUUGUUGCUGCGAGUUUGCAGAGCGGGAGCUGAGGCGGACUGAGAGCGGGGCCCUGCGCCGGCGCGGAUCCUCGGGGGGCCCCAAGCGGACUGUCACCCUGUGGCCGAGACCCUGGCAGGGCAUUAGGGACGCGGGACGCCCGGUGACAUGAGCGGCAGCCCCGCAGUGUGACCCGAACCCCGGGAGUGUGUUACCCCCUUUCUCCCCCCCCCCCCUUCCCCCACUCAUUACCCCCAUACCCUCAUCAUGGACUCCGGGCCCCAGCAGCAGCAGCCCCCCGCCCCGGCCCCGCAGCCGCCCCCGGCCGGACAUCAGAUCGUGCAUGUUCGGGGGGACUCGGAGACGGACCUGGAAGCGCUCUUCAAUGCGGUGAUGAACCCCAAAACCGCCAACCUACCCCAGACCCUACCCAUGCGGAUGAGGAAGCUGCCCGACUCCUUCUUCAAGCAGCCGGAACCCAAGUCCCACUCCCGGCAGGCCAGCACAGACGGUGGAUCUGCCGGGGCGCUGACUCCGCAGCACGUACGCGCUCACUCCUCCCCAGCCUCCCUGCAGCUUGGCGCGGUUUCUCCGGGUGCGCUUUCACCACAAGGAGUGGUUUCUGCUCAAGGACCUGCCCCACCAGGCCAGCAUCAUCGGCAGUCUUCCUUUGAAAUCCCGGAUGACGUUCCCCUGCCUCCGGGAUGGGAAAUGGCAAAAACUCCAUCAGGACAAAGAUAUUUUCUGAAUCAUAUUGAACAAACCACCACAUGGCAGGACCCAAGAAAGGCAAUGCUUUCACAGAUGAAUGUUACAGCACCCACCAGCCCCGCAGUCCAGCAGAACCUCAUGAACCCAACUGGUCCACUUCCAGAUGGGUGGGAGCAGGCCCUGACUCCUGAAGGGGAAAUCUACUACAUAAACCAUAAAAACAAGUCCACAUCUUGGCUAGACCCACGGUUAGACCCGCGUUUUGCUAUGAACCAACAGAGACUGAGUCAGAGUGCACCGGUGAAAUCACCACCGCCAAUAGCACCACAGAGCCCCCAGAGUACUGUCAUGGGAGGUGGAGGCAACCAGCAGCAGAUGAGGCUUCAACAGCUUCAGAUGGAAAAAGAGCGUCUACGAAUCAAGCACCAAGAACUGCUUCGGCAGGUGAGGCCACAGGAACUCGCUCUUCGUAGCCAGAUACCAACCAUGGAGCAAGACGGUGGGACUCAGAACCCUGUGUGUUCGUCUGGAAUAACUCAGGAGCUCCGAACAAUGACCAUGAACAGCUCUGAUCCUUUCCUCAACAGCGGCACGUACCACUCCCGAGAUGAGAGUACGGACAGUGGACUAAGCAUGAGCAGUUACAGUGUACCACGGACUCCUGAUGAUUUCCUUAACAGUGUUGAUGAAAUGGACACAGGUGAUGCAAUCAACCAAAGUAGUAUGCCCUCUCAGCAGAACCGGUUCCCUGAUUAUUUGGAAGCACUUCCAGGAACUAAUGUAGACCUUGGUACGCUAGAGGGAGAGGCCAUGAAUGUGGAAGGCGAGGAACUCAUGCCAAGCCUACAAGAAGCUUUGAGUUCUGACAUCCUUAAUGACAUGGAGUCUGUUCUGGCGGGCACCAAACUGGAUAAAGAGAGCUUCCUCACAUGGUUAUAGAGGCCUCUAGAAAACUGAUUCCAAAAUCUUACAAGGAUUUUGUCCUUCGAGAGUGCCUGUAACUUUAGAUCAAACUUUGGCCACUUUGCAGACUUUUGUGUUGUGUGCCAGAUGAACAAACUUUCAAAGACUUUUGACUUUUUUUUUUCUUAAAGUUUUUUUUAUUUUAUUUUUAUUUUCUUGUUUUAGUAUUUUUCUUCUCACCAAUUGCUGCUUUGUUAUUGCAAACACUUUAUUUUUCACAAUUGAGAGCCUGAGAUAUCAACAAUAUUAUGGAUUUUAUAGCUGCCUUCAAGUAUUGGGAGAUUGGGAAGGAUUAAGCAGUGCAAGUAGAUGUUCCAGUUUCCCACGUGGCUGAUGUAAAUAUCAUGCAGUAAUAUGUAUUCGUUUUCUAUCUUCCCUCUCGAUAGAUAUACUUACCUUACAGCAUUACCUAGCCUAUCAGACUAGGGCAAUAUUAUUAAGUGGUAUAUAAGUACUUUUUGUAUGAUCUUCUUCAACCCUCCCCACCUCCCGCUCCUACAGGAUUGUGUAAAUUGGUCUGUCGUCGAUAAAAAAACAGUUUUAUUGACUUGUUGCCCUCCUGCAAUUUUUACUAAGUACAUAGCUUUAUUUUCCUGCCUUUGUUCUCUUGUAUUAUGACGUAGAGGGUAUUUUUGCCCCGGGAUAUGUAACUGCUUUGCUGUGCUCCCUGUAAAGGCUAGUGCAACAUAUAGUGAUUUUAAAAGAGGACAGGCAUGAACAAUUAAGCUUUGAAGGCAUAGCAAGCUUCCCGAUUUUGAGUUUGAGGAUAUAUGGCUCAUGAUGGAUCAUGUAAUCUUUAUUUACUGUGAUCUAUGGUUGUUUUUUCUUUUCAUUUUUUGUGCUUUGUUUUUUUGUGUUUGGUAUUUUGAGGGCGUUAUAUUGGUUUAACACGUACAGUCAUUUAUUGGGUCAGUGCAAGAUGGUUUUAAUAUUGAGUGAAUAUGUAAGUUUAUUACUUUUAAAUGAUGAUGGAACAGGUUAAGUGUGAAGGUGCCAAUAUCGGCUCUUGGCAGUCGGACUUUGUUUUUAUACUUUGCGAGGAUUGAGGCGGGAUAACGAGAGUUUUUAGGAUGUGAUUUUAUUACUGGCAAAUAGAAUUUAGGUUUCACAUUCACUGAACAAAUCAUUCAACCUACCUCCUGUCUUUUUAAGAAAAAAGAAAAAAAAAAAUACAAAAAAAUUAUUUCUUUUUACAUGACUUUCAAAGCUCUAGUAUAUAUUUGUAUCGAGGGCUUAUUUUAUUUUUGUUAUUGCCAAUAAAUUGCCACAGUAGUUUUAUUUUCUAAGGGUCACUUACCCGUACAAAUUAAUAAAUAUAUUCAGAUGGCUUUAAGACACAAAGCAAAAAGUUUUAUUGAUUUGCCUUUUUUCUUCCUUUUUUAUUUUUUUAAAUCUGUUACUCACAUGAAUCUCUCGAGUGUCCUCUGCAUCGGGCAGAUGUCUUGCCUACUUUUUGUAUAUGAAUAUUAAAUGAUCAUGUCUUAAUGUACACCUUAAUGGUUUUUUAUUAUAAAAUUAAACAAUAGCUAAUUGUAAGA